AAUUGAAUUUUAACACAUGCGCUCGCUCAUGCUCAAGUCACGUGAAUGACGUGAUACAAGUAUGGCAAACAUCGUAAAGCUUGUUAGUAGGCUGCCAAAGGCAUAUACAGUGCCCCUCUCUUCCUCUCUAAGAUGGUACACAGUGCCUACUUCUGCUGCUAGUCGAAAGCAUAUCAGGUGUGAAAUCAAGAACAAUGUCGCUGUUGUGAAACUUGACCAAGCAGAUUCAAAGGUUAACACUCUCUCAAAGGAACUAUCUGAUGAACUAGUUCAAACUUUAAAUGAAAUCAUAGAUAAUCCUGAGGCCAAAGCAGCUGUCAUCAUAUCGGCAAAGCCAGGGAGCUUUAUAGCCGGAGCUGAUAUUGGGAUGCUUGACUCAGCAAAAUCAGACAAAGAAUUGCAAGAAAUCUCAAAAAACGGACAGUCUAUGAUCCAGAAAAUGGAAGAUAACAAAAAACCUGUGGUGGCUGCCAUUAAUGGACAGUGUCUUGGAGGAGGGCUAGAAGUUGCCAUGGGUUGUCAUUAUCGCAUAGCAACAAAGCACCCAAAAACCUUCGUUGGACAGCCUGAGGUUAUGCUUGGUCUUUUACCAGGAGCUGGUGGAACACAAAGACUACCCAGACUAGUUGGCUUACCGGAUUCCCUCGAUAUGAUGUUAACGGGCAAAAACGUCAGAGCUGACAAAGCAAAGAAACUCGGACUUAUUGAUCUUCUGGUAGACCCACUCGGCCCUGGUGUGGCGAGCCCUGAAGAAAGGACCAUGCAGUAUUUGGAGGAAGUUGCCAUCAACACUGCAAAUGCAUUGGCCAAUGGGACCAUGUCCCUUCCCUCGAGAGAGAGGAGCUGGACUAGCAUGAAAGGACUAAUGUACAAUCUUACUACUCACCAGAAACACGUCCGUAACUAUGUCUUCAAGCAAGCAAGGACUAAAGUGCUCAAACUGACCAACGGGCUUUACCCAGCACCGAUGAAGAUAAUGGAGUGUGUUCGAGUCGGUCUCGAGAAAGGUCUUGCCGAGGGAUACGAGGCUGAGUCCAUUGGUUUCAGAGAGUUGGGGAUGGGGAGCCAGUCAAAGGCACUCAAGAGUUUGUUCUUUGGACAGACCAAGUGUAAGAAAAACCGGUUCGGGGCCCCCUCAAAACCAAUUAAUAACGUCGCCGUCCUGGGGGCUGGGCUCAUGGGAGCCGGUAUAGUACAGGUUAGUCUACAAAAAGGUUACAAUGUUAUCCUAAAGGAUAAAGACGAAGAGGGUCUAUCAAGAGGCUAUCAACAGAUAUACAAAGGGAUUAAUGGUAGGGUUCGCAAAAGGGCCAUGACUAAAUUUGAGCGAGACAGGACCAUGUCAAACCUGUCUACACAACUGGACUAUCAGGGUUUCAAUAGGGCGGACAUUGUGAUAGAAGCUGUGUUUGAGGACCUAGGUUUAAAGCACAGGGUCAUCAAGGAAGUGGAAGAAGUUGUUCCCCCUCACUGUGUCUUUGCCUCUAACACCUCAGCUCUCCCAAUAGCAGACAUUGCUAAGGGAAGCAAGAGACCGGAAUUGGUUGUUGGUAUGCAUUAUUUCUCUCCUGUUGAUAAGAUGCCACUUCUUGAGAUUAUUACAACAGACAAGACAACCAAAGAAGCUUCCGCUAUUGCUGUUGAUGUUGGUUUAAAACAAGGUAAAACUGUCAUUGUUGUAAAAGAUGGUCCUGGAUUUUACACCACAAGAUGUCUUGCUCCUAUGCUAGCUGAGGCCAUUAGACUAUUACAGGAAGGUCUUGGCCCGGCUAAUUUGGAUAAAUAUUCAAAAGAUUAUGGUUUUCCCGUUGGUCUUGCUACACUAGCAGACGAAGUGGGGCUGGACGUUGCUAUGCACGUUGCUAAGGACCUCAGCUCAAAAUUUGGUACCAGGUUUGGAGGCUCUGAUAUAGGAGUGCUUGAAGAUUUAGUCGGUCGUGGAUUUUUAGGUCGUAAGUCCGGUAAAGGUUGCUACGUUUACACUGAUAAAAAGAACAGAAGUGUCAAUACUGAAGCCGAGGAAUUACUACAGAAAUAUCAAAUAUCAUUGGCUGGCAGUCAUGAGGUGGAGGAGGUUCAAUUGAGACUGAUCUCAAGGUUUGUCAAUGAGGCUAUAUACUGCCUCCAGGAAGGGAUACUCAGUGAUCCGGUUGAUGGGGACAUUGGAGCUGUCUUUGGGUUAGGAUUCCCGCCAUUCAGAGGAGGUCCUUUUAGGUUUACCGACUCAUUUGGUGCUCAGAACCUGCUUGACAAGAUAAACCAGUUCAGGGAAGUGUACGGGGAGCACUUUGAGCCUGCCCCACUUCUGGUUGACUAUGCUAAAGAUCCUAGCAAAAAGUUUUAUCCCAAAUAAAGCAUUGUGUGGAACUAUUAACUGUCAUUAAAAUAAUAAUAGCAUAAAUUAUUAAGAGUAUAAUAGUAACAAUUAUUUUGUGAUUCAUUUCAUCAAUCAGUGUGACAUUUAACUUGAUAAAAAUAAAAAUUAA